UUCAUUGCGAAUCAAUACCUACUGUCUUACGUGUUCCUAACAAUAGCUCAACUGACUGUAUCACACUGUGGUCAGUCUGUAUUUGACAGUCGUUAACUUGACAACUAUUUACUUGUAAAAAUAAAAAAUAUAAUAAUGAGUUGCAGUAGAAUGGCAAAAGUGAAAUUUAACAAUGGAAAUUAUUGUCCAAUGCUUGGAUUGGGAACGUGGCAAUCUGCUCCAGGUAGUGUUGGUGAAGCAGUAAAAAAAGCAAUUGAUAUUGGCUAUCGUCAUAUUGAUUGUUCACCAAUUUACGAAAAUGAAAAAGAAAUUGGUCAAGCAUUAAAAUCAAAAAUUGAUGAUGAAACUGUUACGCGUGAAGAUUUAUUUAUAACAAGUAAAUUAUGGAAUACAAAUCAUCAUCCUGAUAAAGUUGAAGCUGCAUUAACAAAUACAUUAAAUGAUCUUUGUGUUGAUUAUUUGGAUUUAUAUUUGAUUCAUUGGCCAUUGGGUUUUGCUGAAGGCUAUACAGAUGAAGGAAAUUUUAUUGAGAGUGAUGAUGAUUAUGUUGAUACUUGGAAAGCCAUGGAAGAUAUGCUUGAAAAAGGAUUAGUUAAAAAUAUUGGAUUGAGUAAUUUUAAUUCAAAACAAAUUGAAAGAUUAUUAAGACAUUCAACUGUAACACCAGUCGUUAACCAAGUUGAGUGUCAUCCAUAUUUAACACAAAUUAAAUUAUCAGAUUUUUGUCAAUCAAAAGAAAUUGUAUUGACAGCAUAUAGCCCACUUGGUUCACCAGAUCGUCCAUGGGCAAAACCUGAGGAUGCACAGUUAAUCAAUGAUGAAAGAUUAAGAUCAAUUGCUGAUAAUUAUGACAAAACUACUGCUCAAGUUGUUCUUCGUUAUCAGAUCGACCGGGGACAUAUCGUCAUACCAAAAACAGUAUCAGAAAGUCGAAUGAUAGAAAAUUUUGAUAUUAUGAAUUUUAAAUUAAGCCAAGAUGAUAUUGAGCUCAUUAAUUCAUUUGAUUGUAAUGGAAGAAUUUGUGCCCUUGAAAUGUGUAGUGGAUUCAAGUACUAUCCUUUUAAUAUUGAAUAUUAAAAUGGCAACAUGAAAAGGGUUUAAUUAUUGAUCAGAAGAGUUAACAGUUGUUGUUGUUGACAUUUCACAGUCACAGCAAUCACAAAAUUCUUCGCUACUUGUAUCGUCAUCAUCGUCACUCAAUGUUGUAUCUUCUAAAUUAAAACUCUCAGUACUACCACAGUGACACAGUUUUUUUGAUACUACACAGGGAUUUUUUUUUGGUGCUUUUACUCUUUCAAUUUUCUGUAUUAUUAAAUAAUAAAUUUCACAUUAAUAAAGCAGUAUAAAAUAUACACCUAAAUAAUAACAAA